AAAAAAAAAUUUAAAAAAUGUCAGAAUGGAAGAGGAAAACCAGCAGUAGUUCGGCUACUUCAGUCGGUCGAAUUCAAACCUGGGCUCGUGGUCAGAUUAACAGAGCAGCGGGGUAUAUCAGACAAGUUUCAAGAGACUUUGCUGCUUCGUUUGAUGAGGAGGAGGAAAAUGCUGGAAGGGUGCGGGAGCGGCGAGAAAUUGUUCAGGCUUCCGAUGGACACUUCUUCGAACGCCUCACAGUGGGGGAUGAUGUAGAUUUGUCGGCUAUUUUGCCCAGUAAAUACAUAGAAGCAAAUAAUGCUGAACUCUUAAUUGACACUAAAAAGCCGAUUAAAAACAGUAUUACUAGCAGUAAACAGUUGACUGAACGCUUUGGGCAGUUCUCUCUGCGGCCCCCGUCAAAAGAUGUAGAACAACAAAAGAAGCAUAUGAAUGAUCUUUAUCUGGAAACAGUUUACACCAUUCUCCAUCGAAUUGGAAAGAAGGAAAGUUCAGUUUCCGUUGGUAGUGUUGGAGGAGUUUCAGGCGAAGAACAAUUACUUCAAUAUGCAAAAUCAGCAUUUCAAAUAGACGAAAAAACACACAAAGCUUUAGUUGAGAAGGCUCUUAGCGAAAAACCACCGAUUUUGCUUUUGAAUGUUUUGCUUUUGGAAGCAAGGGAUUUGAUAGCUAAAGACAUUGACGGCUUCUCAGACCCCUUUGUUAUGUUGGGAGUAAUACCAUCAUCGUCCAAAGGUGGAGAAGAUGAACAACACGAAGCUACAAAUGCUACAGGCGGCUCUCAAGACUCACCUGAAGAAGAACAAAAUAACAACAACUCAUCAGGAAAACCUCCCCAGCAUCGCAGAGUACUCCAAAGGCUUAGUGGUUCAUUCCGUCGUAAAGCCUUCCCUGGAGCUUCUAGAAGAGAAAAGUUGGAAGCAGCAUUUGAACAGACUGGUGAUGGGAUACCUGCACGUAUAAUAAAAGCAUCCUCUGUCCAGAAGAAGACACUCAAUCCAAAAUGGAACGAAAAGUUUCAAUUUGUAGUGGGUGAUUGUACUGAUCGAUUCCAUUUGGAUAUAUGGGACCAUGAUGAUGAGAAUCGAAGUGUAUUGGACGUUGUUUCUUCCCUCAACCAAGUUCAAGGCCUCAAAGGAUUAGGGCGUUACUUUAAAGAAGUAACACAAAGUGCUAGAGCUAGUUCCGGUGGUGGAGGUUGUGCUGGGGGUGAUGGACUUGUUGAUGAUUUUCUUGGUUCUCUUACUUUUUCUCUGGGAGAGAUUCCUUCUACUGGAGUUGAGCAAUGGUUUAAUUUGGAGAAGAGAUCUGAAAAGUCUGAAGUUUCUGGUCAGAUUAGGCUGAAAAUGUGGUUAAGUACUCGAGAAGAACACCGUUUAUCAAGCACAGAGGAACAACGAAACGACGAUUUUAUUUUUCUAGAUGAUGAUGCUGAUGGUUUAGUAGAUGUCCAACAACACAAAGACCUUUUAAGGCAAUUUGCACUUUAUGAGAUUGGAAGGAAGGGAGAUCCUGUUUGUGCAUUCAGGGGCCAAUUGCCAGAUUUGGCUUUACUUAUAUUACACCAACACGCAAUACAGAGUGAUCUGACUGAAUUACACCAGAUGAUGUGUCAAUGGUUGGCCUAUAUACAAAUGAUUGGAAUGGGUAUUUCCUUUGAACUAAUCUAUGAAACAUUUUCGAAGCUCGAUGAAGAAUACGUUCUUGCCGAUUCUUUACUUCAAUUCAGCGAAUUUUGUCGUUCUGCAAUUCUAAGGCAUCGGCUAAGGAUUAGAGUGCGUUCUGGCUCUAGGCGCAGAUCUCCCUCACCUAAGCGUUCAGAGCUCGAAUCUUUUGGUGAAAUGCUUAAAUGUUACAGAUUAGUUCGAGAAAGCCCAGUUUUUGCUCACUUAGUUCCAUAUCAAACACAUUUUCGUACUGAAAUGAGAGAACUUAUGGAAAAAAGUGCUAAUCUUCAUUUUAAUGCAAUUUUAUUAAAUAUUGAGGAAAUUAAUAAAAUUGAAAAUAAUUCUAAAAAUAAGGAGAAUAAUGCCAUUAAUAGGCUUUAUUUAUUAAUUCAUUCCCUUAAUACUACGUUAGAAAGAAGCUCAAAAUUUGAGGAUAUUUUUAAACAAGAAAUGUCUGAAAUUGUAAAUUAUGCUGAUAUUGGUUAUUGUACUUUUGAUUUAUUGGUGGGUUUAAUUCAGUAG